AUGAUCCGACCUUUGACUUCCACCUCGCGACACGUGGCCCGUACAACGCUCAACAGCACCCGUCAGCCGACGUCAUCGCUUCUCCGCACCACGUGUGCCCGACCUCAAACCCUCGCCCGGUUAGCCCCUACCCUCACCUCCAUGACUACACGCCACCAAUCCACCUCUUCCACCCCUUCCUCGGCCCCUCUCUUCCGCCUGGACCCCCCCACAGCCGAAGAAGAAGCCGCCGAUUUCGCCGCGCAAACGCACCAAAUCCAAGAAUGGUUCGAUUCCCCACGUUUCAAGAACCUCAAACGACCUUAUUCCGCUUCGCUCGUCGCUUCCAAACGGGGAACCCAACCCAUCUCUCCUUUACACCCUUCCAACAUCUCGGCGAAGAAACUGUUCGCCGCUUUGGAACGGGCCGCCGAGCAGGGACGUCCUUUGCAUACGAUGGGAGCGAUCGACCCUAUUCAAAUGACUCAAAUGGCUCCCCAUUUGGAAGUGCUCUACGUUUCGGGCUGGGCAGCCAGUUCGGUCCUUACGACCGGUAACAACGAGGUCGGACCCGAUUUGGCCGAUUACCCUUAUACGACUGUGCCGAACCAGGUGCAGAGGUUGAGGAAGGCGCAGGAGAUGCAUGAUCGCAAGAUGUGGGACGAGAGGAGGACCAGUGGCAACAAGGCGCCUUGGGUCGAUUAUUUGAGACCGAUCAUUGCGGACGGUGAUACCGGGUAAGUGCCGAAGGGAUGUCUCCAUCGAAAACCGAAACUGGCUCUCAAAUUCAUCGACUCCCCCUUCCUACAGCCACGGGGGUCUCUCUUCCGUACUCAAGCUCGCCAAAGUCUUUGGUGAAUCCGGUGUGUCGGCCGUUCAUUUCGAGGAUCAACUUCACGGCGGUAAGAAAUGUGGUCACCAAGCCGGUAAAGUGCUCGUCCCCAUUUCGGAACACAUGUCCCGCCUCGUCGCCGCGCGAAUGCAAUGGGACAUCAUGGGUUUGGAAACGCUCUUGAUCGCACGCACCGAUGCCGAAUCGGCGAAACUGAUUUCGUCAACGGCGGACGGGAGGGAUCAUGAGUUCAUUUUGGGGGUCGAGACCCAUGAGGGGGAUAGGAAUGCGUUGGCGGAGGAGAUUGCUAAAGCCGAGAGGGAGGGGAGGAGCGGGGCCGAGAUUGAUGAGAUUGAGGCAAAUUGGAUGAAUGGUGUCGAGUUGGUGACGUUUGAUCAAGGUCGGUGAUCGCCCUCUGCGCUCUCUACAAAGGGAAAUUGACAACUAAUUCGAAAAUCUGACCCAUUCCCACAGCCGUCCAACGACACCUCGAACGAACCUUGUCGGCUUCGGAAGCCAAGACCAAGUUCGACGACUACAAGUCUCGCGUUGGGGAGGCCAACUUGACCAACCGAGAAGCUCGACGCGUCGCCAAGGAAGUCGUCGGUCAAGAGGUCAAGUGGGAUUGGGGCUUGGCUCGUACCAAAGAGGGUUACUACCACUACCAGGGUGGAGUGCCCGUAAGUCCCCAUACGUUAUCUAGCGCCUUCCGAGUCGGUCUUACAGAGAUUGACCACCACCUCUUCUCCACAGGCGGCGAUGAAACGAACGCUAUCUUACGCCCCUCUGGCCGAUCUCCUCUGGCUCGAAACCAAAGAACCGAACCUUGCCCAAGCGCAAGGUUUCGCGACCGAGAUCCGUUCACACUUCCCCUCCAAAUGGCUCGUCUACAACCUCUCCCCUUCCUUCAAUUGGGGAGCCCAUGGAUUCACUCCCGAACAACUCAAAUCCUUCGUGUGGGAUCUCGGUUCCUCCGGAUUCGUUCUCCAACUCAUCUCCUUGGCCGGUCUACAUUCAACUGCGGUGGUGACGCACGAGUUGGCCAAGCGGUACAAGGAUGAAGGGAUGCUGGCUUACGUCGAGUUGAUUCAGAAGAAGGAGAAGGAGUUGGGUUGUGAUGUGCUGACGCAUCAGAAGUGGUCAGGCGCGAGUUAUAUCGAUCGCGUUUUGAAUGGUCCGUACACUCUGUCUGGUGGGGUGGGGUGCUCGUAA